AUGAACGUUUUCCAGCAAUACCCACUUCAAAAGAGGAAACGGCAGAUCGAUGACAUCAGCGACGGCGACGACGACUUCCAACAUCCGUUCAAACGAAAAGCUCCAUCCUCCCUGGCGAUUAGGACAACGCCACCGAGGGCCGUCUCAUGCGGCGCCGCCUUCGGCAUCUUGAACCUUCCCGCUCCUCUGACUCCCGACGAUAGUUCCGGGGACGAGAGCUUACCAGGUGACAGCCAGGGUCCAAGCUCCUCCGUGCACCGCAACACCUCCGGUCUCAACCAUGGGUCGAGCAAUACCACCACGUCGAUGAAAGUGCACAUCUCGCCCGGCCACAACAAUGAUACCGACAUGAUACUCUCCUCGCCCACCAGACCUCAUUUCGGUCGAGCCCGCUCCAACGACCUCGUCUCUCCCCCUCGCCUCACGACCAACAAUACCGCGUUUCUCAGCCCACCGCAGACCACCAAUCCUCUCAAUGAUCGAAUACCGACCCCAAUCGACUCCUCCUUCGACAUGCGUCUCAACCACAUGCCUGCCGCGCCCCGACACCAAUUCCCUCCCAGGCGCAAGUUCCUCUCUCCCAUGAUGGAGCAAGAGCCCUUUGGGGGCCCACCCACACCCGUGGAGGACACCAUGGGCAUGCACGCCACGUCAACCCUCGACGCAGAUGUCAUGAUGGGCUAUGAGCAGAACAGUGACAGCAUGAGCGGAUUACGAGUAACGUGCGACGAUGACGACGCCAUGGAGCAGGACACGGAACCGCAGACAUGUUCCCAGGACAGACUUGGACUCGACGGCCACGCGAGCCAGGACCAGGGCAGGGCGCAGGCCCUGGAGGUCAAGAUCGCGAAGCUGCACAUGGGUUUCAUGCCUGGGUGCAGCAAGUGUGCGUCCAAGGUCCCCGGACACUAUUCACACGUGUAUUGGGAGUCGAAAGACGGCACCAAGGUUUUCCGCCCUUGA